AUGGACAUUGUUUUACCUGUUCCUGGCAAAGCCUCUGAACUGGGAACAAGCAGGGUAAUUAACGAGACGGAAUUUGAGCAUAUCAACAUAUUCUGGGGCCUGAUUUUAAAUGUCUGUUUUAUUUCUCAUUGCAAGUUUCAUUCUAGCCAUAUAAAGGAGGACCUGAUCAUGGAGCAGGACCCAGAGAGCCGGGACUCUAUCGAGAACUUUACCACUGACUAUAAGAUCAUAAGAACCCUGGGAAGGGGACGAUUUUCAGUGGUAAAAGUGGCAUACCACAUCCCAACCCUCACCUGUGUAGCUAUAAAAGUUCUCAAGAACACCGAGAAGUGCUCCUCAGUGAUGAGCAGGGAAGUUGAGAUUCUAAAAUCCCUGGGCCAUCCUCAUAUCAUCAAGGUGGUCGAAAUGGUCCAGACAAGAGAGGCCACCCACCUGGUCAUGGAGCAUGCCUCUCAGGGAGACCUACUGGACCGAAUCCGGGAAUGUGGAUAUUUAAAAUCGUGGGAGGCCCGAAGAAUGUUUAGACAGAUAUUAGAGGCAGUACAAUUCUGCCAUGACAAUAAUAUUGUCCACCGAGACAUAAAGGCCAACAACAUUGUGAUAGACGGAAGGGGGAAUGCCAAGCUCUGUGAUUUUGGCCUCGCUGCUAAAACACUUCCUGGGCAGAAGCUGAUUGAUUUCUGUUACGCGCUGCCAUGUCUGUGCCCAGAAUUCUUUGAAGCUGAGGAAUAUGAGGGCCGCCCAUUUGACGUAUGGAGUGUAGGUGUCCUCCUCUUCUUCAUGGUGACUGGGCACUUGCCUUUCCUAGGCAAGUCAUUUGCAGAGGUGAGGAGACAAAUCAGUUCAGCCAAUUUCAGCAUUCCGCCUCAUGUUGCCAACGAUAUUUUCAAUGUUAUAGUGGAAUUGCUGAUGAUAAACCCCAGCAGGAGGCCCAGCAUCCAGCAAAUUAUGAUGCGCCCCAUGAUCAAAGACAGCCAGGCCUACUCACCACCGACAUCCAUACAGAUGUUCACAGCAACACCAAGCCCUAGCAUCAUCAAAGCCAUGAGAGUCAUGAGGCAUACACCUGAGAAAAGCACUGAGUCUCUGAUAGACCAAAAUAUCAACGAGGUGCUGGCAACACACUUGAUUCAACAGCACAAGCCACUCAGGAAAGUCUGCACAUACCACCAAGUGGAGCCAGGUCUAGAAGAUCUUUACUCCUUCCCUCGUUUUCUUAAGAGAGAGGGACCUCUUCUCUCCUCCUUCACCUUGUCCUCACAUUCAUCCAAUAUGCGGGAGAAGGAGGAUAGGAAGAAUUCCAGGAAGGUUGUCAGAAGGCAUGCUAUGGGCUACCAGCAAACAAGGACCAACACUCUUCACCUCGACCUCCUGGAUUGUCCUAUAGCUGAAGAAUGCAAGGAUAACAGGCUGCAAACCAGGAAGACAUUCUCAGACUCCAAGACUGUGUUGUCUUGUAGUCUAACUGAACAUAUCCAGUCACCUUGA